CGAGAGUGCACCUUAGGCAGUCGUGGUAGCUCACACUUCACUUCUGCUUUCGCAUCGACAUCAGUUCUCAUGACGUUCCGGCGGUUCUUGGGGGGAUUUGUUUUUAACUUAACCAACAAAUGACAACGGCACGGCGUACAAACACUUGGUUCGUUUGCUUAUCCAGAUCUGAGCGGUUACCGAAACACGGAUGCCUGCUGUCCCCCUGGUCAGCCCCGGGGGCGACGGGGCAAUUCAUCAUGAAAGGACAGUCAUGUGAGAGAGAGGCAGGCUGUUAAUCAGGCCUCAUGGUCCGGCCGGGCAGCGGCUACGAACAUCGCCCCAGGCGUUUUGCAGCCAUGCAGAAACCGCCUCAUCGUGGCAGAGCACUCGCCCGACAACGACGAGGAACAUGUCCAUUGGUCGAUAACCCAGCUGCGGGGGAGCUCUGCUGCGGCUUCCAACGAGUGAGCCCUGCUUACCCAGAUGCCCAGCUGUUCCUCUUUCUGAUUGCAUUUAAAUCGCAGCCGGGCUCGUCGUAUCACCUUGUUUUUCUCUUGGAUCGGCAACGCCAAAAGUCGGUAAGAUGAACGAGACGUGUUGCUCCAGAUGCCCGGUUCCUCAGGUUCAGUGGUGGAAGAAGGGAUACGAUCACUGGGAAACAUAUGACGGCGCGAGCGGGAACCAGGCUCAGCGAACCGUUCUACCGUCGGAUCCUUUCGAUGUGUGCAUCGUGCGCGCUCUGGCUCACGAGAUUCGCCAGUGUCCCGCUUGCCGGCAGCGUUUUGCGGAGACGUUCGGGAUUCCGGAUCUGUGGUGGAAGAAAUACUGCAGAGGUGCCAACGGUUAUUUCGGUUGCGAGACGACUGUGGACGACAAUGGCGCCAUUGCCGCGCUGAAUACGUGGGCACGUUUCCAAGCCAAGCUCACCAACGAGGACCACCCGGGCUACGAGUGGCUGAAGCUCAACACUUUUACCCGAUGGACUCCCACCCAGACGAUACUCAUCAUCUUCGACCUCCGGGAACCGCUGGCAAGCUGCAUGAAGCGAGUGCCUAAAGAGGAAACAGAAAGAGAUCCUCUUUUCGAACUCCCGGAUGAGUCGUACUGGAUAGAUCCUUAUUGGGCAUACAUCCGCAUCCUGGAAAAGGUCGCGACGCUGCAGGAUGCGGCGGUCUGGGCAGUGCGCGACACCGUCAGAACGACCGAGAAGAUGCGGUACGGAAAUGGUUCGACAUCGCCCAACAUGCCGAAGCCGGCGCCUGACUACCGCCACCUCCACGAAACCGCGAGGCACGCCAUACAUGUGUCGGAGACUCUGGACACAGGCGUCAAGGCAGCGAGGAAGAUUCUGCUGGAACAUGACAGUCACAAGGCAGGGCCGGGGCCGGCUGGCGCUCAGCCUGAUGCUGCCUGGACAAGGGCAUGGCACCACACCCAUCAGCGUCUGUCAUUCUACGAGGAUAUGCUCAGCAGCCUUCAGGAGCGCUCAGCUUCCAACAAGGCCCGACAGUACAACGAGAUCUCGCUUGCCUACAACAUGGUGGCCCAGGCCGACUCGAGCAUGUCGGUGCAGAUUAGUCACCUCACACAAAAAGACAGCGAGGCCAUGAGGACGAUUGCCUUCCUGACGCUCCUAUUUCUGCCGGCGACGUUCGUGUCUGCCGUCUUCAGCACGUCCUUCUUCGAUUUCGAUGCGGGUUCGGGGCUAUGGCAGGUUUCGGACAAGUUCUGGCUCUACUGGGCAGUGGCCAUACCCAUCACCACAGUGACGGCCGCCCUGUGGUAUUGCCGCCACGGGUUGCCCCCCUCUGGACUUCUCAAGUCUCUGCAGCGGGACCAGGCUCCCUCGAACGCGAAACAAAUCGAGGAGGGGCGUGAUGAAGCCUUCGCGGCCUUCCGCCGUCAAGUGCAGAGGAGAGAAGUGUGAAACAUGUUGACUCACUGUGCGAUAUGGCAGUUAGGAGGAGCCAUCGGGGUUGCAGUCUACGGAGGUUUCAAGUCAGUUCUAGAUCUACGUCAACAGAUACAUAUCGGGAUACAUAUCGGCUAAGUGUGCUUCAAGAUCGUUCCAGUCCCAUCAUCCAAGCUCCCUGACGCUUUACCUAGGUAGGCACAUUCAGGCUGCUUGGAGUUUUCUCUCAAUUUCUCCCAGAUUUGUAGCCCAAAACCUAUCAAUGUCAAUACC